AGCCAGACAUGGAUUUAACUAAGUACUGUGUCAACACAACUGUAAAGAAGAGCGGAGUUGAGACCAAGACCAUGAAAUAUCUGUGAGUCUCCCUCUGGAUGUGCAAUGGUUCCCUAAUCUGCAUACUCAUACUGAGGGAACAAGACUGUUUGUGGUUUGACAUCUUGUGUCUGUCAUUGACACAACAGACCAAACUCAUGAUUAUGGAACCUGUCUCACAACAAAACCCCAUGUUAGAAUGUCAAAUCUGUCUGAACUACUACAAUUUGCGGCGCAGGCCCAAGCUCUUGGACUGCCAACACACCUGCUGCUCUGUGUGCUUGACCCAGAUGAAGAUGAGCUUGAGUGAGCUGCGCUGUCCCUGGUGUCGCUCUGUCACCACCCUGCCACCUGGGGUCUCCAGCUCCCAGCUCCCAGAUGACCCGGACAUUAUGGCCGUCAUCUCUGUCCCAUCCCCCCCAGAAUACACACCUGUCUUCUUCAAACAGCUGCCUAGUAACACCUGCUACCUGUCUAUAGACCACCAAGAGAGGGCUACAGUGCCUGGUGAACAUUCAGGUAGGCACCUACUGGCUGGGCAGACAAAGGGGAUGUCUCCAGUGCCUGUGUCUGACGAGGGAAGCCCAGGGUUGGGGGAGGAACAUGGGGAGAGGGAGGAAGGUUGUUGUAAGAGCUCGUUCACGACCAGGGCAGGCUUAGUGGUUCUUCUGGGUUUUGUCCUACUCUUACUUGUGUACAUUGUACUGUACAACAUGAAAUGCAUUUACAAACGGUUCACCAUGAUAUCCUGUGCCUGA